AGCAUCUCCACUCUGUAACGCCGUGGAGAGGAGUACAGCCAAGCUCGCAACUCGCAAGCGGAUAGGAAAGCGAAGGGGCCGGCGGACGGCAGCGGUGGGAUAAGGAGAAAGUGAAGGAUAGUUGAGGCGGAGGAAGGUGAAAUCGCAAGCCAUUGGUUAAUGGGUGGGGAAAUCAUUAAAGUGGCUUUUGAUGGAAAGUCAGACCAUGCAGUAAGGAUGCUAGAUGAUGAGAAUUCUCAUAGGCAACAAGAACUGCCUCUUCUCAGUGAUCUGUGUGUGGAUGACGAUACAGCAGAAAAUAAGCACAUUAUUCACAAGUCAUUAAAUCAAAAAAAGUCAGCUGCACUGAAACCAGCUAAUUCUGGAAAUUCACAGUCUAACCGCACUGUUCCUCAGCCUUUCACUCUUGCAACUGAAAAGCGUGCUUCUGGUGGACAUCACUCUAUCAUUUCUGUAACUGUGAAUGCAGGCAAACACGCAACUGUAGAAUAUCUCCAGUCCAGAAAUAUCACAAACAAGCCUCAGAGAAACUCACUUCUCACAUCCAGGAAGCCUUUGCAACUUCAUAAUGCAACGCAAGCAGAUGAAGAAGAGUCUCACUCUUUUGCUUUAGCUACACCAUCUGUAAGAACUUUGAGAGGCAAAACAACUGUAGCAACUGCCCCUAGUUUCAGAUGCAGUGAGCGUGCAGACAAGAGAAAGGAGUUCUACUCCAAGUUGGAACAGAAACACCUAGCUUUGGAGGCAGAAAAAAAUCAGUCUGAAGCUAGGAUCCGGGAAGAGCAAGAGGCAGCUCUGAAAAAGUUGAGGAAGAGAUUAUCAUUCAAAGCACACCCAAAUCAUGCACUUAGGUUUAUCUAGAUUAGUUGUUUAUCGCUAUUUCAGUUUGAGUCAGUAACCUUUCGCUAAAACUCAACCGUUUUGCCCCUUCGACUAGUUCACAGAAUUGGCAAUUUUGCUUACUUAUCUUAAGGUUCCUUUCCAACUGAAUCUAUUCCUCCUUUUUUUUUUUUUUCCAAUCCAUGUGAUAACUGAUAAGCAAAAUACUUUGAUUGUGCUUAUUUGCAUUUAUACACUUUUGGCUGAAGUAUUUCCGGCCCAUAAACCUUUUUUCUCCUCUUUGCAUCAGUAGUUUUGAUUCUCUUAAUAGCACAUUUACCUAAUUGGAAGUACACUUUAACCAAUCCAAAAAUCCAUAAACACGUUAAGGAAUAAGUCUCAUGCUUCAAGAAUUUUACACUACUCGGCGGCUUCUCAGCUUACAACAUUUUAGUUAUGAUGAGGACUGCUAAUUUUUGUUAGUGAAGGUUUGCUUAAGUUUACUGAAAAAACAAUGCAGGGGAUAUUACAAAUGCAGCAGCAUGAGGGGUUGCCCUGCAAGGAAACAUGUUGAAAGGUGCUUGGAAGACCCUUCGAUGAUGAUUGUCACUUACGAAGGCGGGCACAAUCACACCCGGUUGCUCACCCAGUCUGACCAGACGAAGAUUUUUGUCAUCAACUCCUGCUGAGCAGGUUGUUUAUCACCUUCCUUCGGUCAUUGCACCACCUCGAUGAUCAAAGAUAAGGCUGUGGCAAUACUUGUGUUGUCCGGUGAUCUAUGUCUCCAUGGUGCACAUCAUGGAACACCACCUGCCUCUCCUCGGUUUCGGACAGAAGCAAGUUAAGCCUAAAUCGCUUCCGCUUAGAUAAACAAACUACAGGAGGUUAGUUUUGCCAUGGCUUUUGCAAAUCUUCCUCGAAAGCUGCUUUCUACCUCCAUAGCAAAUAGACCUUCUAGAUUGAGGUGAUCAAUAUAAUGAUAAAACCAAGAGUGAUUUGUUGUGAUUUUGCCUAGUGCAACAUCAUCAGUAGUUUUUGUACACAAAAAAGAAAAGCAAAAUGAAAGCACAGUGAUCAAGGAUGGUUUGCUAAGUA